AUGGCAAUACAUUAUGUACCACCAAAAGUCAUCACCCUGACCGAGGCCUACUACCGAGACAUAAUUGCGCGCGUUUUGGUCCAUAUCAAUUUUUCAGAACCAUUUGAUAUUCAGGCUGAAGUUAGACAAAGCCGUAUCCUUUGGCCCGUUAUAUUCAACUAUGCUUUUGACCGGAUUCUGAUUAAGGCCUUUUACGAAGAGAACGGCGUUGAGAUUGCAAGCGGACGCCAGGUGACUGAUCUCGUCUACGCUUAA